CGACAGUGUGCACCUUAUUAGCCUUCCUGUCGGCGGCGGUCGCUAACAACGGCGACGCUUACCGCGAUCCACUUUACGCGCCUGGCCAUAGCGCAAUGGUGCACCUCUUCGAGUGGAAAUGGCAGGAUAUCGCGAAGGAGUGCGAGCAAUUUCUCGGUCCCAAAGGAUACGGCGGCGUGCAGGUUUCGCCGAUCCAAGAAAACGUGAUCGUACCCAACAGGCCGUGGUGGGAGCGUUACCAGCCGAUAUCUUACAAAUUCGAGACGAGGUCGGGCACGGGAGAGGAAUUCAAAGACAUGGUCCAGCGGUGCAACAAAGUCGGCGUGCGGGUCUACGUUGACACGGUGGUGAACCACAUGACCGGCGAUUACGAGCAUCCGCUUGGCACCGGCGGUUCGACGGCGAAUACCUAUAAGCGUGACUAUUAUAACGUGCCGUACUCGUCGCAAGAUUUUCACAUGCCGCCGUGCGGUAUCAACAAUUAUAACGACCCGGUGAACGUGCGAAAUUGCGACCUGGUCGGCUUGCACGAUCUCAAUCAGACGGACAAGUACGUCCGCGAUGUUAUCGUCAGCUUCAUGAACGAAGCUAUCGACGCGGGCGUCGCUGGCUUCCGGAUUGACGCCGCGAAGCACAUGUGGCCGGACGACCUGCGAGAGAUCUACAGGAAGCUACAGAACGUCGAGCGUAAACACGGUUUCCGCGCGAACUCGCGACCUUACAUUUUUCAAGAGGUGAUCGACUACGGCAACGAGGCGAUCAGCAAAUACGAGUACACCCCGCUGGCCGCGGUCACGGAGUUCCGCCACGGUUCUGAACUGAGCAACGCGUUUAGAGGGAACAAUAUGCUCAAGUGGCUCGUCAGCUGGGGCGUUGAGUGGAAUCUCAUGAAGUCGGAAGAUGCCCUGGUGUUUAUCGACAACCACGACACUCAACGCAACAAUGCCGACGUCCUUAAUUAUAAGACGUCGCGGCAAUACAAGAUGGCGGUCGCCUUUAUGCUGGCGCACACUUACGGGAAUCCACGUGUGAUGAGCUCGUUCGAUUUCCAAAAGUUCGAUCAGGGCCCACCGUCGUACGCCAGCGGCGACAUACGGUCGCCGAUCAUCUACCCCGACAACACCUGCGGCAACGGCUGGAUCUGCGAGCACCGCUGGCGUCAGAUCUACAACAUGGUGGUGUUCCGCAACUUCGUCAACGGGACCGCUGUCGAUCACUGGUGGGACAACGGCGGCAAUCAAAUCGCUUUCUGCCGCGGCGAGCGCGGCUUUGUCGCGUUCAACAAUGAAAAUUUCGAUCUCAAGACAUCCCUGUUCACCUGCUUGGACAGCGGCGUCUACUGCGACGUCAUUUCCGGAGACUUGGUGAACGGAAGGUGCACCGGGAAGAUCAUCAAGGUGAACAAGGACCACUACGCUGACAUCGACAUUCUCACUACGGACGAAGACGGUGUGCUCGCGACGCAUUACAAGGCGAAGGUCCCGGGAACAUCGUGAGGUCCUAGCAAACGAUGAGGUUGAAGAAAGAUUAAUAAUAAGGGAGGUAUUCUUUUUUGUUGUUUUUAUAAUAAUACUAUUAUCGCCUCAACACUUGUAUAAAUGUAUCAAUACGAAGUACGACUAAUAAAGUAUUUCACCCUCUAAAUUUCCUCGGAUAACAAUCCCGCGUAUGUGCA